AUGGUAGUAAGUAAAUCUGUGAAAAAAGAUUUUCCAAAAACUCAGUUUGUAUUGAAAAACCUCACAGUUUGUAUGGAAAAGUACAUUGUUAACGAUGAAGACAAAGUAGGAGUGUAUAUAGCAGCUGAUCCUCUCACACAAGACAGAAAUUACUAUGAGAUUGAAAUCCUAGACAGUGGAUUGCAGGGAACUAUUGCCAUUGGUCUAGGACCAUCACGGUAUCCUCUUGACUGUCAACCUGGCUGGAAUGUUGAUUCAAUUGGUUACCAUGCUGAUGACGGUCGGUUAUACAAGUCUUGUGGUAUUGGCCGGCCAUUUGGUUCAAAAUGCUUGACUGGUGACAGAAUUGGCUGCGGUAUAAAAUUUGACCAAACUGAUGUGAGUGGUGUACGCCCUCUUGUGAAAGUUUUCUUCACCAGAAAUGGAGAUGAGAUUGGCACUGUUGUUGUGCCCUGGCCUCAUGGAGGACUUUUUCCUAUUGUUGGUCUUCAUUCUGAAGGAGAAGAACUAGAGCUUCAUUUGGACAGCCAUUUUCAGCAUGAUGAAGUUAUUCUAAUGACUGUUGACAAUAUUGAUGAUGAAUGGUCCCGCUUGCAUCAGAUUCGCUUAAAUGGAUGUAUUAUGGAAUACACAGGUCGAGGAAAAAAGCUUAUAGAUGUUGGUUUGGCACAGGCAAGGUCACCACUUGACCCCACAUACCAUUAUUUUGAAUUGGAAAUUGUUGACCCUGGUGAGAAUUGUUCUAUUGCAAUUGGACUUGCCCGUCGAGACUAUCCAAAGCAUCGGUAUCCUGGAUGGAAUAUUGGUUCAAUAGCUUACCAUGCAGAUGAUGGUAAAGUAUUUGUUGGAUCAGGAGUUGGUGAGCCUUUUGGUCCACAAUGCCAUAAAGAUUGAAGCAAUAUCGAGAAUAACCAGCCGAAAUUGCGAAGAUAAUCUGGAUCUCAACUGAGGAAAGAAAACUCUGAAUGACCUAUCCUUGUCUUCUUUGUAUCGUCUAUUUGGAUGUUUUGUUGUCCCUUUCUUGUAUCACCUAACUGUCAGGAUGUUUUGCGUUCUUAUCCCAUUUUGUAUUAUUUAUGUAUAUAUAUAUAUAUAUAUAAAUAUAUGUAUUUAUUUUCUCUUAGUUAACAAUUAACUCUGACAAAAUAAAUUGGUUAAUAGUUACCAAGGUAGCAAAGUUCACAAAAUAACUUUGGUGUAACUCCUGUUUACGAGGUAGAAACUCCCUGUUAAUUUGAGGUA